UCUAAUGUGACUGGCGCGUCUGUAAGAUGAACAAAAGUGACUGGCAAGUAGGGGUGACAGGAAUAGGGCGCGCUCCUCGCAGACAGGGGACUGGGAGGAUAAAAAACAAAAACCCAAAAACCCUCGGCCUCGAAGGAUAAUGGGGAACCCGGCCCCCUCCGCUCCUGAUAUCCAUGGACCUCUUCAUCUUCCAGGAUGAAGAACCCAAUGCUGGAGGUGGUGUCCAUGCUCCUGGAAAAGCUGCUGCUUCUUUCCAAUCUCAAACUGUUCAGCUGGAGCGCGGCCCCCGGGGGAGAGCAGCAACAGCCGCCGCCGCCGCCGCCGCAGCAGCAGCAACAGGGAAAGGGGAACUUAUACGACAUCGGCUCCUUCCUCCGCGGUGACGUGCUGGAGGUGCCCCGGACUCAUCUGACCCACUAUGGCAUCUACCUGGGGGACAACCAGGUCGCCCACCUGAUGCCCGACAUCCUACUAGCGCUGACCGACGACAAGCUGCUGACCCAGCGGGUGGUGUCCAAUAAGAGGCUGAUCUUGGGAGUCAUCGGCAAGGUCGCCAGCAUCCGGGUGGACACGGUGGAGGACUUCGCCUACGGCGCCAACAUUCUGGUCAACCACUUGGACGAAUCGCUCCAGAAGAAGGCGCUGGGCAACGAGGAGGUGGCACGCCGGGCAGAGAAGCUGCUGGGCAUGACCUCCUAUAGCCUCCUGUGGAACAACUGCGAGCACUUUGUGACCUACUGUAGAUACGGUGCCCCAAUCAGCCCCCAGGCAGACAAGUUUUGUGAAAAUGUGAAGAUAAUAAUCCGGGACCAGAGAAGUGUCCUUGCUUCAGCCAUCCUGGGAUUGGCAUCAAUAGUCUGUCUGGGCUUGGCGCCCCAUACCACCCUUCCUGCCAUUUUUAUUCCAUUCUGCUUGUGGAUGGCUGGCUAAACAUAUACCAACUCUGUGUCAGUGUGUGUGUUCUAAAUCUAUGAUAUAUUUAUAGAGCACAAAUCAGUAUAAGCAUUGUGUAAAGAAAAAAAAAUGUGACCUGUAACAUUGUGUUCUGGAUAAAGAUGUGAUUAAGAAUCACACAAAGUGCUUACUGUGUAAAGCCAAAGAGCCAGGCUGGCUUUCUGAAGGUCUUUCAGGCAGCUAAGUUUUGUAAAGCACCUUCCAAACCUUGGGAACUCGGCAUCUUGGGGCCAAGUCCUGUCAGAUGACUUUCUUACCAAGACAGACACAACAGCUGAGGAGAGGACUGGGAAGAUGGGGGUUUCUCCCUUGCUCUUGUCAUGACUGCUCUUUUCUGUCAGGCCUACAUUUAGGGGUUAAGAAGGUUCUCGUGUCUAGGGCAAACUGUUCCUCUCAUUACUGUUGUACAUUCAAUGCAGGUUAUAUGAAUGAGACAGGAUAAUAAACUAAAAGCCAUUUCCCUGAUUCAGAAGGAAAUGUCCGCAUGUUUUUCAUUAUGUUUUCUUUUCUGUUAAGUGUCCCUGCAGUCAACUGAAAUCACCUGAGCUUGAUAAAGGAUGUAAGUUUGAAGUAAAGCGGUAAGGAGGCCUUUAAAUAAAGCAUGUUAACAUAUCAAAGGAAAGAUGAACUUUGUUCAUCCUUCUCAUAAUAGAACCAAGAUGGAAACAAAUUUGUGGAAUAAUGACACCAGGGCGUAAAGAUGCAGUUUCUUCUUCAACCUUUUGGUUAACUGAGGUAACAAGUCAAAUGAUGGUUUAGUCGUUUUCAGUGGUGUCUGACUCUUCAUGACCCCAUUUGGGGAUUUCUUGGCAAAGAUACUGGAGUGGUUUGCCCUUCUCUUCUCCAGCUCCUUUUCUAGAUAAAGAAACUGAGGUAAACAGGGUUAAAUGACUUGCCCAGGGUCAUACAGCUAGUCAUCUAGGCAGAAUUUUAACGGGAAGAUGAAUCUUCCUGAUUCCAGGCCCAACACUCUAUGCACUCUACUGAGUUAGCUAUUAAAGGCUGUCAUUUUAAAAACAACAAGAAAACCCACUUCUCAUUCAGGAUUUUAUUCAGGAUUUUAUCCCCCAGCUCUUAUUGUUCGGUAUUUUUUUAUUAACUUAUUUUUUAAAUGGCACAGAAAUGGGUAAAAGCAAAAUGUAGGGCUCUUAGUGUGAAAUGAACUAGGUCUGAAACAUUCAUUAGGAUUGGUGCCAGUUUGAGAAAAUCGGGAUGUUUUUGUGAUGAUGAGUUUGAAUGAGAGAUGGUCUUAAUAAAACAGUCAUCUGGAUACUUUUUUUGCAAGAUGUGUAACACUAAAAAUGAAUCCUCAACAUACAAUAGGCUUCUCCCUUGGAACUGUUUGCCAAAGCAUUAAAAGUGGUUAGUUUGCAAAUUGCUGAUUGAGUCACAUAAUUACUGGAUCUUUGGUUAGUAAGUAGUGCUAAAAAUCAGCCAAAAUAAAAGGACUUUUUUUUUUUAAAAAAGUUUUUGUCCCAGACACUAACUUGUCUACAACUUUGAUUGUGAGUUGUUAUUAAAAAAUAAAAACUAAAGAUGAAUGAAGUGGGCUGUACCACUGAAUGCGUUCCAUGGUCAACAUCUUAAGAUGUUUAUUACGUACCUGUAAAAGUGAUGGCCACAAGAAUUCCACUGGUGGUUGAUGAUUUACUAUAUAAAACGUGGUAACUAGCA